AUGGAAGAUUUUCAAGGUAUAGCAGAGGAGUCAUUUCCCAACUCUUUAACCAGUUCAUUACUUGCUAAUAGUGGAAUUUUGGAAAAUGUCACUCUUUCUUCAAAUCUGGGCUUGCCUAUUGCAGUUUCCACACUUGCUAGAAAUACAGCCAACACUAAUGACAGGUAUUCUGAUAUCCAGGCAUCUUACUUAGUAGAAGAGAGAUUUUCAAUUCCAUCUGAAUCAUCUCACAGUAGCCAGCCUGAUACUGAACCCAAACAGAGGCUACAUCUUAGCUCCCCUGAUGAUGAGUAA